AUGACUGACAGCAAAAGAUCUGAUCGACCCGAGUGUACAAUAAGAACAUGUGGUAAAAUCCCCGUUACCCAACAUUUAUUCAGAUGCAAAACAUGCCAUUUCGGUCCAAAUGAAACAAUGUGCGAAAAUUGUGCAAAUUUUUGCCAUCGAAACCAUGAACUUGUAGAUUUAGGAUAUCAUGUUGGAUAUUGCUGGUGUGGCUACGGAUUUGAUAAAUCACAUUGCUUUUUGGAGCACCCUGUCGAAAAUGAUAUGAAUAUACCAGCACAAUGCCCAAGACAAUGCAAUUUCCUCCAUUCCGGAAAAGAUAGUAUACAAAUGGAAAUGUUCAACUGCGAACAGUGCCACUUAGUUGGUCCUAGAAUUUCUUGCGAAGCCUGUUACUACAUGUGCCACUGCGGUCAUAGAGGUGUUUGUAAACACGGAAAUAGUCAUGGCUAUUGUGACUGUGGUGAUCCUUCACAAGAUUUUCCUUGUAAAAUUCGACCACCUACAAAUCCACCAACACCAAUUCCAUUAUGCACAUUCCUAUUAUCAGGAAGCGAUGAAAUGAGCCAAAAAGCUUACAUCUGCGAAACUUGCAAACUCUCGGGAUAUAUCUGCAAAAACUGCGCUAAUACAUGCCAUAGUGGGCACGUUAUUAAAUCUUGUGGCGUUGAAUCAUUUUCAUGUUCCUGCGGAUCUGCCAACGAUGAAAGAUUUUGUACUUGCAAAUUAAUGAGCAAUAUCGAACCCGCUCAAUAA